AAAGAUGCAGUGAUUCAAGCCAUCUUAGAGCCUUGACAAUGUCAACCUGGAAGAAGAAUUCCUUUCACGUUAAACAAUCUUAAAGCCUUUUUGUGAAACCAUCAACCAGACAGCCACAAUUUACAUCUUCAGCUGGUUUUCCAAGACCAACGGCCGCAGAUUAUAUCUAAUGGAUUCUGAGAAAAGCCCAGCAACAGAAUUUAUCAGCGCUGAUGCUCAUGAAGCUAAGGAUCUUAUUGCCUCCGGCUAUAGAUAUCUAGAUGUUAGGAUGGUGGAAGAUUUCAACAAAGGCCAUGUGGAUGUUGAGAGCGUCUUUAACAUCCCUUACUUCAUCAUGACCCCAGAGGGUAGGGUGAAAAAUCCUCAAUUUUUGGAGCAGGUUUUGUCGGUUUGCAGCAAGCAAGAUGGUCUCAUUGUGGGCUGUGGAACCGGGGGCAGGUCUCGUCUAGCAACAGUUGAUCUUCUUAAUGCCGAUUUCAAACACGUAAGGAACAUGGGAGGAGGAUAUCGAUCCUGGCACGAGGCUGGAUUGGGCGUGAAGAAAGAGGCUUGAUGGGUUAAUUUGGUUACUAUAAGUGUCUUCAAUUUGUGUCUUUGUUUAUAACAAGAGUUGUUUGAGAGUGACCUUUAAUUACUACCUCUUGCCAUUGGAUAAGUGGAAUGAUGCUUCAAUAAUUGGCUUGACAUAAUGUGCAUUUAUGUCAUGGGUGUGUUCCACUUCUUUAAUUGAACAGCACCAUACUUUUAUA